UAGAUGAUGACGGACAAUUGAGACAAAGAAAUGAUUUCAAUAAAAGAACUGCAACAGUAAAAAAUAAUAGUACACCAUUUAAAAAUCCACAAGCACCAAAAACUUCUGAAGGUAAUACGUCAGGUACAAAAAAAAAGAGAAAGGUCAGAAACAUAAAGAUGCUGGGAAAAAAAGGAAAGCUGAUAAAGAAAAUAUUGAAAGCGCGAAAAAAAAAAAAUUCUUCCUAUUUCGCAAGAGAUGUUGAAGACCCAAAUGGUUCCAUUAACGAGAGUGACGAUGAGCUACUUAGAAAUGGUCAAUUUGAUUCACCAUCUCGAGCUGGGUCAAAAUCAGACGAAUCUUCCCACGAAAGUGAUAGUAUAAGCGAGGGUGAAUAUAGAUCCUUCGAGGUUGAAAAUUUACGUGCAAAGGUUGCAACUCAGGAUAAAGAAAUAAAAUUGCUCAAACGGAAACUUGUGACAAAAGAAAUGCUAGAGAACGGUUUGCAAAAAGUGCAUAGAGAAAUUUCCAGAAAUAGAGAAGAUCGUGAACAACUUCAUCAAGGACCACUUAAUCACCCACCACUUAAUGACAACGGAGAGGUUCAAGUUACAACUGAUUUUUCUAUGCCAUUCAAGGAGUAUUUAUAUACUUUAAAUGCUCCUGACAUGCGGAAGAGGGCAAUUCGUGUUAUGUCUGUAUUGUGGACGGAAGAAAGACGAGAGAAAUUGUUGGUUGAAGCUGAUCCUAAGCGACCUGAUUUAGAAAUAGUUACUGAAGGAGAAUAUCAGAAAAUAAUACAAAUUUGUUUGACAUUUCAACAGAUAAAAUUGUUAGAAUGUCGACAACAAGAUGAUGUAAUUUCAAACAUUCGUUCUUGGACAAGUUCUUGGUUAAAAAAUUGGAAGCCAAAAAAGAGAGAUGCAAGAAGGCUACGCAACAAUCCUCGACUUUAAAUUCAAAAAACAUGCUUAAAGACAAAACGAUAUUUAUCUAUUUUUAAUUUAUAACAUGCUUUGUUUAACUAUAAUCUAAUAUUUGUUAUCCUUUAGUAAUUAGUCUAACGAGGUAAUAUUUAUAUCUUAUUUAUUUCAUGAAAACUUCAAACUAAGUAUGAUAUGAAUAAUAAUGAUCUCUUAAGUAGAAAUGUUUCUAUAAAAUUGAAUAAACGGAGGCAAUAUAAUAUAAA